GCAAGUGGACCCCGCUAUGCUUAUCUAAAAAUAUUAACGAGUUUUCUUGACAUGUAUAAAUACAGAAAUUGCGGAUUCGAAGCAUCAGUUUUGGGUUACCAGCACGACUCCUCGCAUUUCUCUCAAUCUGAACAAGUCUCUUUCUAUCUUAUUAUUGCCUUCUCCCCUGUCUUUCAUGGAUCCUUACAAGAACCGUCCAUCCAGCGCCUUCAAUUCACCUUUCUUUACCACCAACUCUGGUGCUCCUGUGUGGAACAACAACUCCUCAUUAACAGUCGGAACUAGAGGACCAAUUCUACUUGAGGAUUACCACUUGGUGGAGAAACUUGCUAAUUUUGACCGCGAACGGAUUCCAGAACGUGUUGUACAUGCCAGGGGAGCGAGUGCCAAAGGGUUUUUUGAGGUAACUCAUGAUGUUUCUCACCUGACAUGUGCAGAUUUUCUUCGGGCCCCAGGGGUUCAGACACCUGUUAUUGUUCGAUUCUCUACUGUUAUCCAUGAGCGUGGAAGCCCUGAAACCCUAAGGGAUCCCAGAGGCUUUGCAGUGAAGUUUUAUACUAGAGAGGGUAACUUUGAUCUGGUCGGAAACAAUUUCCCGGUCUUCUUUAUUCGUGAUGGGAUGAAGUUCCCGGACAUGGUUCAUGCACUAAAACCAAACCCCAAGUCUCACAUACAGGAGAACUGGAGGAUCCUUGAUUUCUUCUCCCACCACCCUGAGAGUCUGCAUAUGUUCACCUUCCUCUUUGAUGAUUUGGGUGUCCCGCAAGAUUACAGGCACAUGGAAGGUUCCGGGGUGAAUACCUACACCCUGAUCAACAGGGGAGGGAAAGCACACUAUGUGAAGUUUCACUGGAAACCAACUUGUGGUGUGAAAUGUCUUUUGGAGGAAGAAUGUGUUAAGGUCGGGGGCGCUAAUCACAGCCAUGCGACCCAGGAUCUCUAUGGCUCGAUUGCAGCCGAAAACUACCCAGAGUGGAAACUCUUUAUCCAAACUAUGGAUCCAGAUCACGAAGACAGGUUUGACUUUGACCCGCUUGACGUGACCAAGACAUGGCCGGAGGACAUAUUGCCAUUGCAGCCAGUGGGGCGUUUGGUGUUGAAUAAGAACAUUGACAACUUCUUUGCAGAAAACGAGCAACUUGCUUUCUGCCCUGCCAUUGUGGUUCCUGGUAUCUAUUACUCUGAUGCUCCAGACACGAAUUUUCUCGUACUCUGAUACCCAACGGUACCGCCUUGGCCCUAACUAUCUCCAGCUUCCUGUAAAUGCUCCCAAGUGUGCUCAUCACAACAACCACCAUGAUGGUUUUAUGAAUUUCAUGCAUCGGGAUGAGGAAGUAAACUAUUUCCCAUCGCGGUAUGAUGCUUGUCGGCACGCUGAACAGUACCCUAUUCCUCCAUGUGUGCUGACCGGAAAGCGUGAGAAGUGCAUAAUUGGCAAGGAAAACAACUUCAAGCAACCAGGAGAGAGAUACAGAUCAUGGACACCAGAUAGGAAAGAAAGAUUUAUCCGGCGAUGGGUUGAGGCAUUGUCUGACCCAAGAGUCACCCAUGAAGUGCGCAGUAUUUGGAUUUCAUACUGGACUCAGGUUUUCUUAAACUUUCUCACAGGCUUGCACAUUAAAUUUAGGUCACGACUUAUAAAUUGAAUCCGAGUUUUGUUUUAUGGUUGAAUGUGUUGCAGGCGGACAAGUCUCUUGGUGAGAAGGUAGCUUCACAUCUCAACGUAAGGCCAACCAUGUGAUAGUCCAAAAAACAAAAGUCUGUUUCUGUUGCUUGCUUACAAUGAUGAUAUGAUAUAAAUACCAUUUGGUGUUGUAUUUUGUACGUAGCCAACAAAUCCCAUGUAACUUAUUAUGUCUCUGACAUCAAUUGCGCUGGAUUGCUGGAAAUUUCUGUCUUUAAAUGUUGUCUCCUGAUCCUGAAGGAUCUUCUUAUCUCUUACCUACGUUCUGG